CCUCCUCCUCCUCCUCCUCCCACCCUCUAAGCUUUGCUCAGCGCCGUGGACUAGGCCACCACAGAUACCACAUGACUCACCCACUGGAGCCCUAGAUCAAUUGAAGCUGAAAAUGAGCGCAGUCGGGGAAAGCCCGCUGGACCCUGCCGCGCCAGAGUCGCGCAAGAGGAAGGGCUCACCAUGUGACACAUCAGGGCAAAGCCUGGAGAAGCGCAGACGGGAGCUGGAGUGCCGCUACAUCGAGGAGCUGGCCGAGCUGCUGUCGUCCAACAUGGGCGACAUUGCCAGUCUCAGUGCCAAGCCCGACAAGUGCCACAUCCUCAAGAGCACUGUGGACCAAAUCCAGCAGAUCAAACGGCGUGAGCAGGAGAAAGCAGCGCUUCUGUCUCCAGAUGACGAGGUGCAGAAGAGCGACAUCUCCUCCAGUAGCCAGGGCCUGGUGGAGAAGGAGGCUCUGGGGCCCAUGCUGCUCGAGGCCCUCGACGGGUUCUUCUUUGUCGUCAACCGCGAGGGCCGCAUCGUCUUCGUCUCGGAGAACGUGACGAGUUACCUCGGCUACGCCCAGGAGGAGCUGAUGACCUCCAGCGUCUACAGCAUCCUCCACGUGGGAGACCACAACGAGUUCGUGCGGAACCUGCUCCCGAAAAGCCUCGUGAACGGCGUGCCGUGGCCGCAGGAACCCAGCCGGAGGAGCAGCCACACCUUUAACUGUCGCAUGCUGAAGAGGCCGCCGGACGAGGCCGACACGGAGAACCUGGAGGCUCGACAGCAGUACGAGAUCAUGCAGUGUUUCACCGUCUCCCAGCCUCGCCCGGUGCAGGAGGAGCCAGACGACCUGCAGAGCUGCUUGAUCUGCAUCGCCUGUCGCAUACCUCGCUCGCAGGCGGUCAACAGUGAGUCUUUCAUCACCAAGCAGGACCCCACAGGGAAGAUCCUCUCCAUAGAAACCAGCGCGCUGCGAGCGUCGGGUCGGCCUGGCUGGGAGGACCUGGUCAGGAAGUGCAUCUACGCUUUCUUUCAGCAGCAGGGCAAAGAGCCCUCCCACGCCAAGAAGCUGCUGCACGAGGUGAUGACACAUGGCAGCGCCAUCAGCCCGCUGUACCAUUUCACACUAAGCGACGGCACCCAGCUCAGCGCUCAGACCCGCUGCAAAUUCUGGUGCCCCCCCAACCCUGACGUACAGCCUUUCAUUAUGGGCAUUCACACUAUUGACAGGGAACACAACACUGCUAGCUCUCAGGAAAACACUACACCGACCCUUGGCAGCCUUGCUCAAGCUCCUUCCCGCUCCCCGACCCUCCUUCCCGGCAGCAACUCAACCCAAGGUUCAGGCCUCAUCUCCUCAGGCCUUCACCCCAACAACAGCAACGCCUCCCCCCACGGACACAGCCAAGUCACGCCCACGGGCCACCUGACGCCCAAUCGGACGUGUCCCCAGCAAGUCAAUAGCCCCUCCCCUUUGAGUAGCCCACUCACAGCCACCCCUACCUCUUUUAUGUCACCCAGGAUGACACGGGCCAGUCCUGGUUUAGGGGGAAGUCCUCGCGUACCGGGGAACCCCUUCUCUCCCUCCACGCCAGGCCUCCAUUCCCCGACCGGGGCGCUGAGCAGUGGAUGCAGCCUCAACCGGCAGCACUCUGGUGGUGACAGUGGCAGUAGUGCCGGCGGCGGGUUAACGGGAACCUUCUCCCUGUGCUCUCCUGUCGCUCAGAGACGAGCCAGUACGCCCACCAGCGCCUCAGCGCGGCCUCCGUCUGCGAAAGCCCCGGAUGGAGGUGAAGGAGUGGGAGAGGACUCUGUUAAAGCCCCCCUUCCUUCUGCCUCACAGCUGGGCACGCCCAGACUCAGUCAGCUCCUGGACAGCAAUGGAACAGCAGCUGAAUCCAACAACCGCACCCACUGCACUUCAUCACCUCAUCCCCCGAAACCACCUCCCCUCCCGCAGUGCCCGGCCUCCCACAGUACUCUCACAGAACGACACAAGAUCCUCCACAGGCUGCUCCAGGACACCAGUCCCAACGACUCGUCCGUCACCGCAGAGGAAGGAGGCAACAAGAACGACGUCGAGGUCAAGAGGGAGCCACCCGCCAGUCCAGCAUUUACCACCGGAACUAAAGCCGGUGCCAGAGAACCGCAAGACCACCAGUUACUCCGCUUUCUCCUGGACACAGACGAGAAGGACUUGGGAGACCUGCCUCCUCCGUCCGCCCUCAGUCUGCAGACAGUCCGGGUUAAGGUGGAGAAGAGAUCCAGCAUCGACGGAGUGCCGUGCACGGGACUGUUGUCCUCGCCUGUAGCAGCAGGCAGCGCGUCCAAGCCCGUGGGAGUGUCGGGCAGCUUGGCGUGCGCCAGCCCCAAACCGAGUCCUGUCGCCGAGAGCCGCCGAGACAGUCGCAAGGACAGCAGAGACUCCACGAUGUCUGGUGGCCCCGUUGACGUGGACCCUCUCGCCCAGCUGCUGCCUGCACUGAGAGGCCCGAAUGGGGCCAAGCAAGGCAGCGAGGAUCCGACAACCCCUGGAGGAGGCCCCCAGCUCCAUUCUCCGGCCCCUCAGGUCCAGCUCCAGUCCCCCCUGUCCCAGCCCCAGUCCAUCCCCCAGUUGCAGUCACCGUCGCCGCAGCUCCACUCUCCGUCGCCCCAGCUCAAACUGCAGUCACCCACCCAGCUCCAACCUGGCGAGGCCAGCACUCCCCGCAAUGUAAAUGUGAAGAGAGAGCCUCCCGGCACUCCCAACAGAGGACUCAGCGAUGGAGGACCCCCCUCGGGCUGCAGUCUCCAGAGUCAGACGACCUUUGAUUUCUGCAGUCCCCCCACUCCAGGCCAGGCACAGGUCCAGGGACAAGGACAAGGACAAGGACAAGGACAGGGAGACCUCUUCCAGACCUCCAAAGACAGCAGCCCCUUUCCAGAGAUGGACAUCAUCAACCCAUUCGGCUCAAGCACUGGUUUAACCAAGUUGGACUUGGGUGACUCUCAGUUCCAGCCUCUGUCUCUGUCUCUGUCUGACACCUUGUCUUUCGAUGGUCUCGGAACGUCUUUGCAGGCUCCUUUGGCGUCGCCACAAGAGCAGUGUGUGCCCUGCUCGCUGGACGAAGUGCUCGGCCCUCUGACCACACCCGAAGGCCAGAGUGACGAGAAAGCGCUCAUCGAGCAGCUCGUGUCCUUCCUCAGCGGGACGGAUGAGAGCGAGCUGGCGGAGCUGGACAAGGCGCUGGGUAUCGACAAGCUGGUGCAGGGUGGCUGCUAUGACCCGUUGCCUCAAACCUUCCCAAACCAGCAACCCACUGCCACGCCCGUGUCCAUGGACCCCAAGCUCUCCACCUACCCUCCCCAGUUCGCGUCGGCUCCCCCAGCUCAGUUUCCGUCAGAGCUGGCCACGGUGGGGCCGCAGGGUCUGGGCUUCGGGGCCCCCACUCGGGGGGCUUUCCCCGUCGGAGCGGCGCCCAACAUGGGCCUGAGGCCGGGCAUGACGCGACCGCAGGGGAUGAGCGCUCAGCUCAGGCUGCCGCCCAAUCAGCUGCGUCUGCAGCUGCAGCAGAGACUGCAGGGCCCACAGCAGAUCCAGAACAGACUGGCCGGCAUUAACCCGUUUCCCGCAGGAGUGCAGCACGUGAACAUGGCUGUUCGUCCGGGCGUCCAACAACCUCAGAUGCCCUCGCAACCUCCGCUGAACGCCCAGAUGUUGGCACAGCGUCAGCGGGAACUCUACAGCAUCCAGCACCGCCAGCGUCAGCUUUUCCAGCAGAAAGUCCUGCUGAUGAGGCAGAACCUGGCAGCAGCAGCAGGAGGAGGAGGAGGAGCGCCGGCUGGAACCGCGGGACCCGUCGGAACUGCCCGGGUCCCCAAAGGUCCGCCCACGACGCCUCAACAACAACAACAGCAGUCACCGCAGCAGCAACAGCAGCAGUUUAACUUCCCGUCAGGCUUCAACCCUCUGUCGGGAAACCCCCCUACCUCACCGAGUCACUUCAGCCCCAUGUCGGGGGGCGCUCUGGACAACAAACUGUCAGGCAGAGUUCCUCUGAACAACCAGACGCUCAUGAGCAGCGUGCAGGGACAGUUCAACAACAGCGGCGGCGGCGGCAGCAGCAGCAGCAACAUCAACGCCUCACUGCAGCAGAGUCUGUUUCAGCAGUUUGGAGGCUCUGCCAUGGUCCAGCCAGACCCAUCCUUCCCUCCUGAGAUGAGCCCGACCAGCCCGUUAUUAUCACCUCAGAACCCAACCUCCCAGAGUCCUCUGCUUCAGCAAGCCCCGCCCCCUGGCUACCAGUCACCAGACAUGAAGAGCUGGCAACAGACGAGCAUCGGCAGCAACAGCCUGUUCAGUCAGUCAGGACAGAGUGCAGGGCAGGCGUUUGGCCAGCAGGGGGUUUACAACAACAUGAGCAUCACCGUCUCCAUGGCCGGAGGCUCGGCCGGUGUCGGCUCUUUACCUCCCAUGGGGCCGGCGGGCGGCAUGAGCAACAGUAACCUCAGCAGCGUGGGGUCAGUGUGCAGCGACCAGCAGGUGCAGCAGGUUCAGGUGUUCGCCGACGUCCAGUGCACCGUCAACCUGGUGGGCAGCGACGCGUACCUGAACCCGGGCCCCAUCGCCGGUGCGGCGGCGCAGAAGGGCCCCGUGCCGCAGGGCUCCCAGAACAACCAGGCGCAGCAGAAGAGCCUCCUCCAGCAGCUGCUCACAGAGUGACGCCUCCCGCCUGCUUCUGCUCUCCUUCUUACUCCUCCUCUACUUCUCACUUGGUCAGCGCACCAGACCCAUUGCUGUCUCUGUCUCGCCGUUGUUUUUGGAUGGAUGGACGUUUGGCUCGGAGCGGUGUGGCUGUGAGUGGAGCGACGCAGCCCAACCACUUCUGUGCAGAGGUGAGAGGGGGAUGGAGGGGGUUCAUUCAGCCCCCGUACUUUUUUUUAAAACGGAAAGACUUGUGUGUCAGAAGGAGCAGCAGUGUAUUUGAACCUGCCUGUCUAAUCUGUCUGACAACCUGUCUGUCUGCCUCAGCCUAUUAAAGGCAGUGUUGUCUUGCUGCUCAUUCCUCGGUGACCUACUUCCUGCUUCCUGACCCAAGAAAAAAAAGAAAACAACAACAACUGCGACACCAUUGUAGAUUUUUUGCCAAGUUGUCGUCACUGUCAAAUCAGGGCUGGCCUAAGUUUUUUUUAUUUCUUUUCUUUUGUUUUUCUCUUUUUAUCAGACGAUUU